AUGGUGAAUCGCGGUGCCUCAAAAGGUUGCAUCACCUGCAAGAAACGCCGCGUUAAAUGCGAUGAGACCAGACCUGUCUGCAAAGCCUGCAAUCGAGUUGGACGCCCGUGUGGGGGUUACGGUAAACAAGCUGCUCGGGUCAAGUUCAAAGACGAAACUGCUCGAUGCAUGAGAAAAUAUCGGAUGCUGGAUCAAUCGACCACAGUGAAUAUGAACAACCACGACAACCAGAAGUCAGAGAUAAUAUGUGCUUUUCGACACGUUGAGUUAUGCUCCAGCCUGCUUCCAAAACAACAGGACAUGGCGGUUGCCUUCUUUCUCACAUAUGUCACAGACGUUGGUCGGAAUAUGGAGUCAACACGAGGGUUUUUGGAACUUGUUCGUCCCGUCCUUGCGACAGAGCCGCAGGAUUCAGCUUUAUCAAUAGCUGUUACAGCUACCUCGAUCAAGCUCUGGGCACUAUUGCGACCAACCGACGUCGACGGCUCACUACCGAUAAAACUAUAUAACCAGGCCCUGGGAAAGCUACAACGUGCCGUCCACAGCCCAGAAGAACAAGGAAAAGAUGCAACCGUCAUAGCAGCGCUUAUGUUACAGCAGCACGACACUCUGGCAGCCAUAUUCGGCCAUAAUAAGUCGAACACGACGCACCGAAGGGGUGCUUUGGCCCUGUUGACACAAGCAGGCAUGGGAAACUUCAGGUACCGUGGGCAUCUCCUAGGGAACCACUUCCACUGCAGGAUUUCCUCUUGUAUCAGACACAAGAUACCAUUAACUCAGGCCGAGCUGGAGUGGCUUUACAAUAGCGUAAUUCCCGCUCUUCCGAACAACUGCAGCUACAUGCUCGAUAUCAUCGGGAUUUCUGUCUCGAAGUUGCAGAGCGUCUUGGUAGACUCAGCGUCUCUUGACGAAAACGUGGCUCUCAACGCCUUGCAAGACCUUCCAUCGAUUAUUUAUGACAUCGAGGAUCAGCUUCAAAUCUGGUUAGAUACUGUACCAAAGAUUUGGUAUCCCCAACAUUUGCUGGCCGUUGACUCUGUUCCUUCAUCCGUUACGACCUACGACGGCUCGAUCGACGUUUAUCUGAGCAUUCAAAUUGCUAACAUAUGGAAUGUCUGGCGUACCUAUUGCCUCAUUGUCGAGCAGGCCAAGGCAAAGCUAUUUAGUAGCUUGACCUCGGAAAGCACAAGCGCAAGCAUGGGGGAAUCUCAGAAGACAAAAGACCUACUCAAAGACAUGUGCCGAAGCAUGCCGUUCUAUCUCGGAAAUUGCUCCCAGCCUGUGAGCUUUUCAGACAUCAACGAUGAGCAGUUAUCAUUUCCAUGCUAUCACGACCUACCGCCGAUGGACAAAGCAUUCAUCGCGUACAAAGAAAGCCAUCAUUACGUUUCGAGGAUCGAUCACAAUCGUCAUAAUCUCAUCCAUGGCCCAAUUGCCGCCUUGAGUGUUUUAUCUAACCUCAUUAGUCUUUUCGAAGACUCUUGCUCGCAGUUACUAUCACCUGAACUGCAGAGACACAAACAGUGGAUUUAUGAGCAGUUUCGUCGCUCGCUCUACCUGAUGCGGUUCAUACCGCGCAAUUCUCUGGACUCGGGCGUGAGCUUUGAAGAUGAUAUGAACCAGAGGUUAGUGCAUGGGACUAUUCGUCAAGCACUCUCCACAGUCAACUUGCUGUAA